AUGGUAGUAGAGUCAUCCGCUGUCAAGGACAACUUGCCUGUUGACCUCGAGACUGCAGCAACCAAAGCUGAGGGCGAACUGCUUGACCAUGGAGCCGAUACAGAGCUUCAUCGGUCUCUGGGGACUCGUCAUCUCACGAUGAUAGCCCUCGGUUCAGCAAUUGGAAUGGGGAUGUGGUUAGGAAGCGGUACAUCUCUUGUCAAGGGUGGGCCUGCAAGUCUGUUCAUUGGCUUCUUGAUCUCCAGCUCCAUGGUGUGGGCCGUCAGUCAGUCCAUUGGCGAAAUGGCAGUUAUGUAUCCAGUUCCGUCGGCUUUUGUGCAAUGGUCCACUAUCUUCAUUAGCCCGGCGGCAGGGUUUGCUUUGGGAUGGGGAUAUUGGUUCUCAUAUUGGAUUACCAUUGCCAAUGAGCUCCAGGCUGUUGUGACUAUACUAAGAUACUGGACUGACGCUCUUCCAACGGCAGCAUGGAUUUCAAUAUUCUGGGUUGUUAUUAUUUUGAUUAAUGUUUGGGUCGUGAGGUUCUUUGCAGAGGUGGAGGUUUUCUCAUCGACAGUGAAAUUCGGCUGGAUGCUCAUUGCAAUUGUCGCAUUGCUCGUCGUUACCGCUGGAGGCGCACCUCAGGGAGAUGCUAUCGGCUUCCGAUAUUGGAAUGCGCAAGCUUUCAACAAUGGCUUCAAAGGAUUCAUCUCUGUUGUCCCAACUUGUGUUUUUGCCAUGGCCGGCUCAGAAAAUGCCGCUUUGGUGGCCACAGAAGUCGCAAAUCCUCGAAGGUCGGUUCCUAAAGCUAUUUCAUCUAUCUGGCUCCGUCUGGGUGUUUUCUUCAUUCUGGGUGGUCUGAUGAUCACACUGACUGUCGAUCCUAAAGAUCCGGACUUGUUCGGUGGCUCUGGCAGUAACGCCUCGCCUUUCGUGAUUGCCUUCAAAAAUGCUGGGCUGCCGGUAAUGGCCCACCUUACAAAUGCCGUCAUCUUUGUUUCGGUAAUCUCUACCGGUAGUGUCGCUGGAUACGGAGGUUCUCGCAUGUUGAUGGGAAUGGCGCAUGUGAAAAUGAAUCACAAGGUCUUUGGAAAGGCCGAUUCCAUGGGUCGACCGUGGGCAGGAUACAUCGCUACCAUAGGUAUCGGUGGUGCUCUAGCUUAUCUAAACGUGUCGAAUACCGGGGUUGAGGUCUUUACAUGGCUUUCCAACCUAGUAUCACUUCUUACCCUCUUUGGAUGGGGAAUGAUCUGCCUAUCGCAUUUGCGGUUCCGCUAUGCCUGGAAGGUCCAAAGCCGGGACGAAGCUCAUCUUCCUUGGAGGACAUGGGCUUACCCGUAUGCGACAUGGUGGGCACUUAUUUGGUGCAUUGGACUAAUUAUCGUGACAUUCUAUUUGAGCGUUUGGCCUCUUAAUGAAGAGAUGUCUGCAAAGAACUUCUUUGCCAACUAUAUCAGUGUGAUUGCUGUUGUGGUGAUUUGGAUUGGUGCUCAGUUAUGGUACCGCUGCCCAUUGUGGAUCGAUGCGAGCACGAUUGACCUCGAUGAGUUCCGGCGGUUUUAUGGGAAUCACUCCGAAGAAGAAUCUGUGCCAGCAAGGAAGCCGCUGGUGCGGAAGCUGAAGGUUAUUUUUGAAUAG